AUGAGCUACCACAUCUCACAAAAGCUGUGGUCCCAGCUGCAUCAUUUUGCAAGCUUCCCACAAACCGGCAUUUCGCUGCGGCAGAUGGUGCAGUUCGGCCGCAACCCUAACCCGGGCACUAUCCUGCAAGCAGGCAGCUUUCUCGCUGAAGAGCUGCCCAUCCGGUUGGCGCAUCGUGUCAAGGAGCUCGAUGAAUUGCCACACGACCUCUCGAAAAUGCCCUCGAUCGUCAAGGUGAAAAACUGGUACGCCCAGUCGUUUGAGGAGCUCGUGAACUUCCCCAAACCACGGCUCUCGGACUCGGUACAGAAGCUCCUCCAGACCGCAUCCAAAAGCGCAGAACCCCUACCGGAAUCCAAGCCCAACCCCAGCUUGCUCGAGUCGGCUACCGUCGCCGACAGCGAUGCGGGCUUGGCAAAAGCGCUCGUGCCCAAGAAUGGCAACGGGUCAAGAUCACGUGCGCUGCUCGAGCACCGAUACUAUGCCAAUCUGCCCGAUCACCAGUGGCCCAGCGAGAUCGAGCAGUACAACGAGGACUUCACCAAGGCACUCGAAAAGAUCAAAAAGAGGCACGACGCCGUCGUCACCACCAUCGCACAGGGCGUGCUCGAAUACAAGCGCUCGAGAAAGAGAAACACGCUGCAGGCUGAUGUUCAGUCGUUCUUGGACCGCUUUUACCUUUCACGAAUCGGCAUUCGUAUCCUCAUCGGUCAGCACAUUGCGCUCAGCCGUUCGUCGCAACGCCCCUCUUCCAAGCUGAUCGGCAGCGGUGCCAGCGGCUCGAGCAACAGCGGCGACUACUCGCUCUCGGACCAGAUCGCGCGCGUCAAGGUAGAUGGCAACCAGGAGCACGAGCAGUACGUCGGCAUCAUCUGCACCAACACCAACGUCGGCGCGAUGGCGCAUGAAGCCAUCGAGAACGCACGCUUUGUCUGCGAGGAGCACUACGGCUUGUUCAAGGGGCCGCCCGUCCAGCUUGUCUGUCCGCCCGAUCUCACAUUCAUGUACGUGCCGAGCCACUUGAAUCACAUGCUCUUCGAGCUGCUCAAAAACUCGCUCCGAGCCGUGGUGGAGCGCUAUGGUGUCGACCAGGAAGACAACUUCCCGCCCAUCAAAGUGAUUGUCGUUGAGGGCAAAGAGGACAUCACCAUCAAGAUCAGCGACGAGGGUGGAGGAAUUCCGCGCAGCGAGAUGCCUCUCGUAUGGACCUACAUGUAUACCACCGCCCAGUCGGAGGACUUGGACCCGGAGUUCAACGCUUCGGACUUCAAAGCGCCCAUGGCAGGAUUCGGAUACGGUCUACCUCUGGCAAGGCUGUACGCACGCUACUUUGGCGGAGACCUGAAGUUGAUCUCGAUGGAGGGGUACGGUACGGAUGUGUACGUACAUCUGAACCGUCUCUCUUCGAGCAGCGAGCCGCUCCCGUAG